UUUUUCCUCUGGACUUCCAAGUCCCCACAAUGAAGUUUUUACUGGCAAUUCUUGUGUUUGUUUUUUUCUCCUUGUAUGUUGAAGAAGUUUAUUCCAAAGAGAAGUCUUCAAAGAAAGGAAAAGGAAAAAAGAAGCAAUAUCUCUGCCCUUCACAACAAUCAGCUGAAGACCUUGCAAGAGUACCAGCGAAUUCCACCAGCAACAUCUUGAAUAGACUUCUAGUUAGCUACGAUCCCAGGAUAAGACCAAAUUUCAAGGGAAUCCCAGUUGAUGUAGCAGUCAAUAUUUUCAUCAACAGUUUUGGAUCAAUACAAGAGACCACUAUGGAUUAUAGAGUUAACAUCUUCCUGAGACAAAAGUGGAAUGAUCCUCGACUGAAACUGCCAACGGACUGGAAAGGAUCCGAAUCAUUAACAGUGGAUCCCACCAUGUUUAAAUGCUUGUGGAAACCAGAUCUAUUCUUUGCAAAUGAAAAGAAUGCCAAUUUUCAUGAUGUCACACAAGAAAAUAUCCUUCUGUUUAUAUUCCGUGAUGGAGAUGUCCUAGUUAGCAUGAGAUUAUCCAUUACGCUGUCAUGCCCGUUGGACUUGACCUUAUUUCCUAUGGAUACACAACGUUGCAAGAUGCAGUUGGAGAGCUUUGGUUACACUACUGAUGAUUUACGAUUUAUCUGGCAAUCUGGUGAUCCUGUUCAGCUAGAGAAAAUAGCUUUGCCUCAGUUUGACAUCAAAAAAGAAGAUAUUGAAUAUGGCAACUGUACCAAAUACUACCAAGGAACUGGUUAUUACACAUGUGUAGAAGUGAUCUUCACUUUAAGAAGACAAGUUGGCUUUUACAUGAUGGGCGUUUAUGCUCCUACACUGCUAAUAGUCGUGCUGUCAUGGCUGUCAUUUUGGAUCAAUCCUGAUGCAAGUGCUGCAAGAGUGCCACUGGGUAUCUUUUCAGUGCUCAGUUUGGCAUCAGAAUGUACUACCCUUGCUGCUGAACUUCCCAAAGUGUCUUACGUGAAGGCCUUAGAUGUGUGGCUGAUUGCAUGCCUCCUCUUUGGGUUUGCUUCACUGGUUGAGUAUGCUGUGGUUCAAGUCAUGCUGAAUAACCCAAAGCAAAUUGAAGCUGAAAAGGCAAAGAUUGCCAAGGCAGAGCAAGCAGAAGGAAAAGGUGGAAAUGCAGCAAAAAAGAAUACCGUGAAUGGCACGGGGACCCCUGUGCACAUCAGCACUUUACAGGUCGGGGAGACUCGAUGUAAAAAGGUUUGUACUUCAAAAUCAGACCUCAGGUCCAACGAUUUUAGCAUUGUUGGAAGCUUGCCAAGAGAUUUUGAACUGUCGAACUAUGAUUGUUACGGGAAGCCCAUUGAAGUCAACAACGGGCUUGGGAAAUCUCAGGCAAAGAACAAUAAGAAGCCUCCGCCUCCUAAGCCUGUCAUCCCAUCAGCAGCCAAGCGGAUUGACCUUUACGCAAGGGCACUAUUCCCAUUUUGCUUCCUGUUCUUCAAUGUCAUAUACUGGUCCGUAUAUUUAUGAUAAACUUUUUUUUAAAAAAAUAAAUCAAUAAAAAUAUGUGUGCAAUAUAAUGCCAUUCCAUUACCAUCAUGAAGGCCGGUCUGCAACAAAUUAUUUGCAUUUUGCAAAGCAAUACCUUGCAUAUUAGAUGCCAUAUGUGAUUGUAAUGGGGGUGGGUGGGGGAAGUGGCAUCCUGGUUUUGAAUGAAAGCAUGACACUGCAAUGUCUGUGCUUGAACCAACUGUUGUAUAUAAAUGUACAGCAUACAUUCUGCUUUAGGAAUAUCCGAAGGACAAUGCAUACUACAUUAUUGAAGCUGGACAACACUCCCUUUGAACAUAACCAAGAGUCAAAGUGUUUCUGACAAUGAAAUUGAUGUGCACGCUGAGUAAGAUCAAUAUUCUAGUGUAUGUAGUAUUUAAAAGUUCUCCUUAUGACUUUGAAAGAAAAGACCCAUCUUGUUCUUGUAUAAAGUUAAAUGGCACUGUGGAAGAACAAGCUGAUAUUGUAAGUCAAAUUAUGUAGAGUUUGUAAGUGGGCAAAGUAUAUAUUAAGCUGAUCUUGUUUAUGUGAAAAAAUAAAGAUCAGAGAAUUA